CAAGAAGGUCAAUUAUGUGCUCAACAUUGUCUGAAUUCUCUUCUUCAAGGAGAAUAUUUUACAGCCGUUGAUUUAAGUGAAAUUGCCAGAAAUUUAGAUCAGGCGGAACAAGCUGCUUUAAGUGAAGGAAAUACCGAAGAAGUUGAAGAAAAUAUCCAGAACCGAAUUGCUAAUUCCAGUUCGAGCCAAAAUAUGGAUGACUCUGUAGUCGCUUUUCAUUUACAAAGUUGGUUAAUGAUAGAUAUAAUACCAAUUGGGUCCGAAGACGGUCGUAUUGCAAGGAUUCAUCCUGAGGAUGAGAUAGCAUAUAUAUGUAAUUUACAUGAACAUUGGUUUACUCUUAGAAAAUUUGGUGGAAUAUCAUCACGUUGGUACAAUUUAGACUCCCUCUUUCAUGGUCCAAAAAGUAUCAGUCAAACUUAUUUAGGAAUGUUACUUAAUCAAUUGGAAAAUGAAGGGUAUAGUAUAUUCGUGGUGAAAGGACAAUUACCUUCAAGUCAAGCUGAUGAAUUUGCCAAAUCGCUUCCAAACCCUAAUUUACAAGGUAUUCAGGAAAAUCAACAACAGAAUGUGGAUGAGAUUAAUCAAGCAAUGAUCGAUGCUGCUAUUGCAGCUAGUUUGGAAAGUAAUGAUGUUAGUGUUAAUAAGGAAAAUUUAACGAACCCUAUUAGCGAACAAAGUUCUGGUAAUGAAUUAGUUUCAUCAAUGAUUGUUGACCAACCGACAAUUGAUGAAUUGCGGGCAAAAAGGCUCGCGAAAUUUGAUAAUGGUGAUGGAAAGUGA